AUGCUGAAAUUUUUGGCCCUAAAGUUUAAGAAUCAGUCCAUCAAUGAAGUAAAGCCUUAUGAACCGCAGGUAAAAGAGAACACAAGAUUCUUUCGAACACCGAGUGCACACAGAGCUCAUUACUGCCUGUGAAACCACAUGCAUUUCAAACUUUGAGUUGUCUAAAACGCUUACACAUCAAGUUUUAUGUUGAAUUUUUUAAUUUGAUUUCAGCUGUUUUUACAAGACGGGUCCGACCUAGAGGAAAGCACAGACGAAGAUGACGAAUUAAAGGAGAUAAAUGGAGGUAAUUUUAGUAGGAUAAAUUUUAUAAUUUUGAGUAAAGGACUACUGACAGUAAUUUAUCUUUAAUAUAUUGUCGUUUUCACUUUCAUUCACCCUUGACAGAUGCAGCAUUGCAAUUGAACAACAAUUAUGUCCAGCCAGAAGUUUUUAAAAUUAACUCCCCUCUACCAGGAGGGCGAGUUUCAAGCGAAGAGAUAAGUAAAGAGAAAGACCCCCGAGAGGAAAAGACUGGAUUUUUGCCGAUCGAGAUACCCACUAGGGAAAAUACAGCGCCUGAGAAACGCAAGUGGUCUCAAGUAAAUACUCAUAAACUUUUACAACAGUUUGCCUCGGGCAAUGAUAGUUCAUCGAGCGACGAUGAGAUAAAAGAAUUGUGCAGCAAGAAAAGUGGACGAAUUGUGUUAAGCUCAAGUCCACCUGGAAAAGUGACUGUCUUGUCAAAGCACUCGGCAUUUUCCUCUAUAGUAAGGCCAACCACUUACACAAGCGAGGGUCACUUGAGAAAAAAACAUCGGCUGGUUUUCGCUGAGGAUGAGGCAUUUGCCUCGAGGGACACCGUUUCAAGACCUUCACUGAACUUUGAGAAAAUGCAGCAGGUAGGUUCAGCGAGUGUCUUUGUUCAAACGUCGAGAUUUUAUCAUUUGGCCUCGAAGAGUCUAAAUUUUGAGGAUCAAGAUUGUUUUAUUCCGGUGUAGGUAGAAUUAAAUGCCACAGAACAAUUAGUGCAUGACGCCCAAAGAUUUGAAACAGCCUCGGAUUGUUUGCUUCUUUUGAUGCCAUUGUCAAGUGGUGAAAAAUUUUAGGCGCAUGCCAGCUAACUGUAAAACAAAGUCUGCGAAGUUAUUGUUAUCUUUCAGCUAUGGGGGUUGUAUUUAUUUUCUUUUGGCAUGACUGGUAACCCGGUAAAUUGCCUCAUCUGUUUGCGUCAUUGCUUACAAUCACUUUUCUCGCUACGUUUCACCCUUGGUCAAGACCUUCAAGUAUCUUAUGAAAUCAUGCAUUCGUGAUUAACCUGAUCUUUUGUGCUCAAUUGUGCCACUGCUCCGAAGUUGUUCCAACAUGGUGACAAUGAGAUGUGUUCAGUUCAAAUAGGUAUCAAGCUGUGAUUGGCUGUGCUACAGAACACCCGAUGUUCACAUUGAUUGCAUAGGUGUCACUAUAGCCAAGGCUCGUAACUUGAUGCAAUCAUGCAGAAAUUUCACCAGACUGUAACUAAUGUUAAAAAUGGGAAAAUGCAGACAGUUUGAGACUUCAGUGCAUUUUGCUAUUAUAAGCCUUUGUUAAAGCCCAUGGCAAACUGGUAGAGAUGAAUGUCUUAAUUACAGUAGGGUCUGAAUCCAAGUCAACUUUCCCUAAUAUUUUGAACCAACAGCUGUAUGCAUCAUCUUCAGAAGUGUGUUAAUUAGCCUUGACAUGUAUUUGAUCAGGUUCUAUCCCUCGAGCGUAAAAUAAGGGCUACCGCCUCCAAUGUUCAAUCAGCAGCACAUUUUGAGCAGUUUUUGCACUUAAUUAAACUGCCACAGAAAAAUUAUUCCAUGCAUGACAUGUCCUAAACUUACCAAAGGUGUGGUAAAAUGGGCUACAAAAAUUAUUCAACUUGUCUUGCAACAUUGCUGCAAAAUGAGUUGAAUAGCGAUGUUAUGCAUUUUACCACCCACGUCAAUCCUGUCUCGCAACAUGUCAGGAGGCUAUUAACAGGUUUGAAUGUGGGUAGUAUAAUGUGCAACGUUGCUUUUCAACUUGUUUUGCUGUAGUGUUACGGAACAAGUUGCAUGUUUUGUAGCCUUUUUUACUGAAGCUUGACCUGGCUUGAAAAAGAGAGAAAAAUGUACAGUGUAUUGUAUUGGUUGCCUGAAUUUUAUACAAUCCAUUUUAAUUCAGCAAAUCUCUCAGGCCCAUAGGAAAGAUGGGUGUGACAGGUACACCCACAUCCCCACAUCCACCCCCACAUCCACCACCACAAGCUCAGUAGGUCCACCUUUUUAGUUGACUGAUUUAAAACAAGGUGAAUUAAUGAAGAAAAUAGUACUUUUCUAUUCUAAUCCACUGAUUUUGUAGCAAAGUAUGAAUCCCAAUCUUUACUCUCUGCUAAAGAUUUGCUGUACUAUUCCAACCUCUUGCUGAGCGUGUGAAAGUAGUGCAAGUUAUCUUUCGAUACUAAUGCCUUGUGAUCUCCUCUCUGAGUUUACAUAAGUACUGUAGAUGCGAAAACAGCUAUUAUGGUUUUCUUGAUAAAUGAUCCAGAAAUAAACUUCGAGUUAUCUUGCCUUCUGGCUUUUCCUCUUAAGAUGGCAGUACAAUGAGUAACCUUGAAAUUAAUCUUCCUUUCUAGAAAUCUGUAGUGAUUAAGAAGCACAAUCAUGGAGUGACAAGACCAAGAGCCAUCAGAAUAAGGGUAAGUCUUACACAGGGCUAAAACUUUCUGACACCUGUCUGCAAAAAACCUUCACGCUGAUUUACAUAGUGCAACUCUGUCGCAUGCUACGUUGUUACGAUGAGUAUGCAGCACAAGUUGUAUCGUGUAAUUUAAACUACAAUGUACAGCUGUACCGACUUGCCAUUGUCAUUAGUUUGAUUUACUUGGUGGAGUUCUGGUUGUAGGUUUACCAUAAGCACAUUGCAUGCAACAAAGUUUUACUGAUUAGAUUAACCUUAACUUUGUCAUCCCAAACCCAGUUACCAAAUGAAGGUUACUUUUCUGAAAUGAGUUUGGGUCGGGCUGGGUUCUCCUCAUAAUGCAUAUUUCACUAUUUUUAGGUACUAAACCCCGACUUCAAUGCCCGUUUUUACAUCUGUCCCCUGAGAAGUCUACACCUGUUUCUUGCACAGACAGUUGCUUCCUGACCAAAAUGGACACAGAUAAUGUCAAGCUACACCCUUUUAGACUGAGGCCCUCUAUCCCUUUAUGUCCCUAGUCUGAAUUUCAAAACCUGUCGUUUCGUGUAUUGAGGAGGAGCAUAUUUCAUCUUUGUCUUUGCGCUUUUCUCUGUCACUGUCGCAGCUUUAACCCAUCUUUGUGUCGUUUGUUGCUAUUUCUGCUGCCCCAUGUCGUUGUUUCAAGGCCAUGUUGCUUGUUGAAAUUUACCCUACCAGGGCCUCUAGACUGUGUCUAUUCCAUCUUCUCUAGGAGGAGAACAGUACUUAUUAAGAUUUCACAGUACUUACCCUUGUAAAUGGGUGUCAAAGGCAACAGUCAUCAUGGCUAUAAUCUGAAGUUUUACUUUGAGGUGGCUAUGUGUGUACUUCAUGAUGUUUCCAACAAUCAAUUAAGAUUUGUGGACGCCCAGUAAUUUUACAACCUCUUAAAAUAACUCAAGUGAAAUUCACAUAUCCCGGCCGAUGCCCUAAAAUUACCUAGACCUCUGUCCCUUUAUUCUCUCUCGGUGUGUGUGAUGUUAACAUUCUUUCAUUUUACUUUGAUCUUUGCAGAGUAUAUCUAACCCUAGACAUAGUCGUUCAUGUGAUCCUGCUGUGUUGGCGUUUAGACCCAUUCCUACAAUGCAGAUGAACCCAUCGUUUAGUCUAGCACCAGUUGAAGAACCAGGCUUUGCUUAUUGA